CAGCAGCAGCAGCAGCAGCAGCAGCAGCGUACUUGUUGUUCUCCCGAGAUACCCAGAACCAUGUCUGCACCACCUACUCUGCCAUACAAUCAUGCUGACAAGACCCACCCUAAACUUUUCACGCAACCUUUUGCACCACAGGGCACCACUCCAUCCAAUCAACAAAACUCAUCACAGCAUCAUCAGCAUUCACAGCAUCAUCAGCAGCAACGAAGAGAUUCCACACACUCCAAUCAUUCUGAACAAGGCUCACCUGCUACCACCCCAGCACAUUAUAACAACAACAACAACAACAGUAAUAGCAACAACCAACGACACUAUCGCCAGCAUUACAACAAGCAUCAGGGCAUGCCUCAUUCGCCAAACAUGCAGACCGCUCAACCCUAUGUGCCCCAUCAUCAUCAAAAGAAGCCCAUCUCGCCUCACAUGCAAUCGGCUCCUUCUCCCUCUGGCGUUGCGGGUCAGAACAUGCCAAUGCCUCAUGCUUGGGGAAGUCCUGGUCCUGUCCAUCAUCAAGCAGCACCCCAUCACCAAGGUGCUCCCCAUCAUCAAGGUGGCCCUUAUGUAAGUUUCAAAUUUUCAAUUUAGUUGAUAUAUACAAAAGAAAAACAAACAAACAGAACUCACAACUGUUUUACCUACCAUUCAAACCUUUUUCCCUCCUCUCUCUCUCUCUUUACUUUUUUUUUUCUAAAACAAAAAA